CUGGCAUCUUAUUGUGCGCUAACGUCAACAACACGCAUUUUCGUUCGGAUGAAUUCUUUUCACGCAUAAAAUUCCUUCUGCUGUCGUUGCUUCAUAUAAUGCCUCUCAAACACACGAUCACAACUCAUUCUCGACGCAACCAGUGACUCCAGUGUUCACUCUAAAUAUACAUGUUCACUUUUUUACAACGGUGUAGUCCAAUCCGAAUCGACUAACAUCAUCAUCAUCAUCAUCAUCAUCGUCAUAAAACUGAACAAGAUCAAGAUAGAAGAACCAAAAGCAAGACCACAAAGAAAGAGGAAGGGACGUCUUCGGACACAAUGUCAGCAGAAGGCGGUACCCUGACGCGUCAGAAUACGUCCAUGAUGCAAAAAGAAGCGACAAUGCGGUCAACAGAGGCGACAUUAAGUGGAGGUGGCAAUACAACGACCUCUUUUGGAGACAGCUACAAUAAAACGCUGUUGCAAUCGUUACGGAUUUGCGCUGUUUUUGCUGAAGUGGGUCCUUUUGGUGAUUCUGAGUGUGCAGCGCAUUGUAAUGUGUACCGCAGGUAGUAGUGACGCUGUGGCUUUUAUUCAUUUAUAAUACUCUCUCCCUUUUAGCAGGUCAAAGCCACAAUAGUCAGUAUUAGAGAAUCUUUUUCUUCAUACCCACCCUCCGCAAAAACGUAUCUUCGGGACACGACUGGUGCAGAGAGUAUUCUAGUGAGUGGCGGCGCACCCCGUUACCAGCCAUGGGUCGGAGACUAUACCUUGGACCGAUUCCGCCAUUUGCUGGAAAACGGAAACCGGUUCGCGCUUAGUGGUCCGCAACUCGAAUAUGAGGACACUUUUGACUUUAUGGAACGCAAUUCAACUUUUGAAGUAGAACUCACACAACUUUCAGAUAACAUUUCAUUUCUUCAUAACCUGGGAUCGAGGCGGAAAAAAGAGCGUUCCCUACCACUGCAAGACCUCCUACAUCCCGGGAACGAAGACGAGCAUGGCUGGAUGUACUACUGAAUUUAUGACCCGUAAUAAACAUGAUAGAUGCAGCUGGACGAGGUUGCUUUUCUUAUAGUAUUGUCAUAGUGCGUAGUUUCGGUCAUAAUUACAUUCCAGAUCCCACUCUCCUGACCGAAAAUGCGCAUGUGGGAACGCCACCGUACAAAGCGGCUCUCCGGUUACCCGCUAUCUCCAGUCCGGUGAAAACUAUAACGAAAAGUGUAAGUUGUGUCGAUCUUUCGGGUACGUUCUAUGGCAAGUUCACGACCCGACCGACACUGGUUGCAACCAGUGGAGGAGACUAUGGGAGUUAUGGUUUCGGAUUCAUUGAUGAUUUUUUUUUGUUAAAUCAAUGAUGCAGCAUGAUUGAGUUGGAUGAAAUGAUCAUUGGUUACUACAGCUCAUCGAGCGAUUAAAGGAUAGGACAUGUUUCCCAAGCUACUGGUGAAGUUACCGGGAUGAAUGAAGCCCACAACCUUAGAUGACUGCUCGUUCUAAACCCUCGCUUCCGGCAGUGGCUCUCCCUCUGCUAGAAAUAUGCGGAAGGUGAUGUCUGCGCGCAGUGUCGUUCCCGGAGGCGAGGCGGCUAUACAGAAAAUUUCAGGACUGACUGUCCGCGAAGUGGAUGCAACGCAGCGAUUGUUAAGACAACCAUCAACACGGCAUCCUUAAUGUCCUCCUUGGCUCUUUUCCAACGGGGAAAAGUCGCCCGCCAAAGAUGCAAUGUCAGGGGUGGUGCGAAGAGAGUGAUUCUCUAAGAUUGUGGCGAGAGUCGAUGACAGGAGACAUGUAUUUUGCCCCACCAGGGAAGAAGGACAAGGACAAAAAGCGGUUCGAUCCAAGUGUGGAUGAAAUUCCAGGUAGUCAUCAGUUUCAAGAAAGCAAGGUGUUGAUGAGACUUCAGGUAUAUCAAGUUUAAGGUCCUCUGCGUAAACACGGUGUGGAUGAGAUUCUCGGAAGUUGUUGUUGUUCUUGUGUGCGUAGAAUUGUAUAAUUCACGAUUGUUAGCGCUACUAGAGGUAGAGAAGACACAGAAAAUGUAACUUGACUCCAGCAUCACCAUCUACUUUUCCUCAAAGGUAUGGGUUCCGCUUUUCGUGAUGGUGGUUCUAUCAAUUGGUGCAAUCCAGAGGCGGAUGGGAUGUCCCUUUUCGCACUCAAGUGCGCGAUGAAUGAGAAGAAGAUGCUGGACUACCUGUGGCUGCAGCACGGACCAGAUAUCUUCACGCACGACUACAAGAACCGCAAUCUCUUCCACCAGUGUGCGAGACAAGCGGCUUGCGAAAGUCUAACUUUUCUUAUGGUUCUUGCAUAG